AAACUACUCGCAGCGUUGAAAAAACGACCGGAUUCCAGCAUAGACCUGAUUAAACCCCCGGAACUGCGGUGUUCCGUCAACCAGCGUCCACUGUAACUUAUGUAACGGCGGAGAAAGCGGCACAAGUCUGCUAGCCAGCUACUUUUGCUUUGCUGCGUGGUCUAGUCUCCCGCUGCUGGGUGGGAUCAGUGUUACAAAGCCUGUGAGUGUGUGGACACGUGGGUCAGCAAAAGCAGGGCAAGUAGCCUAAAAGCCUUCGCAGUCUAUGGGAACUGCUACGGCAGUCAAUGCAGUCUUCCGCAGGCCCUCUUUUCCCGUGGCUGAGAACCCAGCAACACCAGCAACAUGUCACACGUAUCGUCCACUGCCAAGCGCUAUGCUGGCCCGUCCUACACCAGCCACUACAGCUCUUACAGCUCCCCCUUAACGCCGAGCCUUAGCUCCUACGGCGAGCGGAACAGGUUGUCCUCCUACAAGUCCCCCGCUUCUUCUACCUCUUCCUCAGGUUACGGCUCUUCCAGCUACCUGAGCAGCUCCACGGGCCGCAGCCGAAACUACAGCACCUCCCUGGACCCAGACCGGGGCCGGCUAAUCCCACGGACUGACAUCCUUGGAAGUAGCAGCAACCGCCGUAGUGAAAGCCUCAGUCGAACCCCUGUCAAGAGCUAUGCAGGUUCUGGACUUAGCGGGGGGUCUGCCUACACAACAUACAGUUCGUACUCUUCCCCCUCAGUGCAAUCCAGCUACCUCUCCUCUUCACCGGUGGCCUCCAGAAUGUCGCUCAAUCGUCGAAAAUCGGCAUCCCAGAGUGACUUAACCAGGGACUUGGCUGCUCUUGCCCUCAAUGACACCUCCUCCUCCAACCUCAGCCCGUCAUCCUCAUCUAGCGCCCCGAGGAGCAAUCGUACUCGGACCAGUGAGGUGACUAACACGUAUGGGACUAACUCAUCAGGCCUGCCACGGAGCUCGACCCAGGAUGCCCUAACAUGGAAUUCCACCAGGGAAGGCUUCAAUAGUAGCAGCAGUGGCAGAUCACAUACUUCAACGUGGGAGCCAACCACGAGUGGUGUGUCCAUGUCCCCUGCUCGGGAUACCACGAACUCAAAAAGUGCCCAGGGACUGGUGGGGCUGAAAAACCUAGGCAACACUUGUUUCAUGAAUAGUAUCCUGCAGUGUCUCAGUAACACACAGAGCCUGCGAGAUUACUGCCUGCACAACUCGCACCGAAGAGACCUUAACAACAACAGUCGCACCAACACAGCCCUCAUGGAAGAAUUUGCCAAGCUGAUACAAACCAUGUGGUCAUCAACCAGCAGCGAAGCUGUGAGUCCGUCAGAAUUCAAAACUCAGAUCCAGAGAUACGCACCUAGAUUUGUGGGAUACAACCAACAGGAUGCUCAAGAGUUCCUGCGCUUCCUCUUGGAUGGCCUGCACAAUGAGGUCAACAGAGUCACUGUCAGGCCAAGAGGCAGCGUCGAAGAUUUUGAUCACCUACCGGACGAGGAGAAAGGGAAGAAGAUGUGGAAUAAAUACCUCGAGAGGGAAGACAGCAAAAUUGUUGACGUGUUUGUUGGGCAGCUCAAGAGUUCUCUGACCUGCAGCCACUGUGGUUUCUGCUCAACUGUCUUUGACCCAUUCUGGGAUCUCUCGCUGCCUAUUGCCAAGAAGGGCUACGGUGAGGUGAGCCUCAUGGACUGCAUGCGGCUCUUCACCAAAGAAGAUGUUCUCGAUGGAGAUGAGAAGCCUACGUGCUACAAGUGCAAAGCAAGAAGAAGAUGCACCAAGAAGUUCACAAUACAGAAGUUCCCCAAGAUCUUAGUUCUGCACCUCAAACGCUUCUCGGAAGCAAGAAGAACCAGCAAACUGUCAACAUUCGUCAAUUUCCCUUUGAAGGAUCUAGACCUGCGAGAGUUUGCCUCCGAAAACAGCAUAAAUGCAGUGUACAACCUGUAUGCAGUGUCCAACCACGCAGGCACAACAAUGGGGGGUCAUUACAUUGCCUACUGUCGCAACCCAACAUCGGGAGAAUGGUACACCUUCAAUGACUCCAGAGUAACGCCAAUGUCCUCCAGCCAAGUACGAAGCAGUGACGGCUACGUCUUGUUCUACGAACUGGCUUCCUCGCGCAUGUGAAGCCCCUCGGACAAUGACAGGCCGCAGCGGCAUUCUCGACAGACGUUCGGAUGGAAAACGAGUGUGACUCGCCUCCACCGGGACGGAGGCUGCAUCUCAACAGAGGGUGGGAAAAGGGGCACGCAAGAACGUGAUCGAUCACCAGCCCUGCUUUCGCCCUCUUAGUCUGUACUCUCACCGACGUUUUCAUCCAGGGUAGAGGUGUGUGUGUCUAGUGUGCACGUGUGUUUGUGUAAGUGUUAGACGGACACAGGGCAAUAAUCCCAUCCACCCGAGGAUCCUUACAUGUCCAUCUCCCAAGUCUCUCUAUGCACCUCAAGCUCAACUCCUGACUACGCCUUCACUUUUUCUUGGUUGCCUCAAAUGACUUGCAGGUUUUUUGACCCCCUUUUGCUCUUGAGUAUUUUUGUUGUCAUUUUUAUGUUAUUUGAGAUUGAAAAAUUAAAUCUCCUUAGCACAUCAUUUUGACAGCCAUUUUGGACUUUAGAUAAGCCGUCCUCAUUGCGUGUCUGGAACAGGACUGGUCACGAUUAAGUUUGCAGCCCGCUGGCCACUUUCACUGCACCAACACUCCAUCUUUGUCAGCAUCAUUUUCACUUUUUUUCUUUAUGACUGCGAGAUCGGUGGCAUUGUGAACGUUGUAUGUCUAGUUGAGCUGGGUGGGGUUCUUACGUGGUUGCUACCGAGAUUUGCAAAGUGUUGUGAAUGAGUGAGUGGCCUGGCAUCUGAUGUGGAUUCAUUAAUAUCGAUUAAAGUAACAGUUAAGUCCUCAUCAGUCCUUAUGAGGUCUUCCACUUCUGUUUCAUGCCAUUGAACAACAAGGAAAGAAUGUUUUAGAGAAGACAAAAAAAAUCUGUAUAUUUUUAUAUCCUGAUGCAAUAUAGAGAAUGUACAAUUCAAUGGUGCUGAAGCUGACCCAUAACUGUUUUCAUUUGGUUUAUUUACUAGAUUCCAAGAAAAAAAGUGUUUAUGCUUAAAGAAUAUUGUAAUGAGCCACUUUUCAAAAGUGGCAGUCCAAAAUGAGUAAAUAUGGUACAUUAUAUGAAUAUAUAUAUAUAUGAAUAAAAUUCCACAAAUCUGUAUUGCGUUGAGUUUUUUUUUUUUUUUUUUCUGUGAGCACCCGUUUGCCCUGACAACCCUUCAGGAUAUACAAGAGGCAACAACAUCUAUGAGGCCAUAAAAGAGAUGCAGAUUCAUUUUAACAAGUAAUUUAAAUUAGCACAAAUGGCACUCUAGCAAUAAUUGGAAGAGAAACUAGGGGGCUGUCCCACGAAUGAAAAUGGAUCACCCUAAUUUCAACCCCAAUCUGAUGGCGGACCACUGUAUUAUCCAUCAAAGUGUUGUAUGCAUCUCCCUGAAAGAUUUCUGAGGUGAAUGUGGGAUCAUGGGUGAUUUGCCACCAAAUAAAGAUUUUAAGUUUUCGCAUAUGAAGUAGUCAUUUUGAGACUUAAAAGUCCCAUUGUCAUAUUUUUUUUACACAAAUAGAGAAGUAUCUGGUUUCAGUUUCUUCAAUAAAUGGCUACUGCACAUACGCAAAUACGUUAUCUGCCUCUGACAUUUUGCCAGCCUGCUGCUAUCUGAUAUCUUCAUGGUGUUUUCAACCUUAAAUGACAGAUUUAUGGUGACCAGAAAAAACUGUAACCAUGGUUUAUGUCAAAGUGAUUCCAGAUAAUCCCGUAGCGAUUACAUGUAGGUGUCAAUUUAUUCCCUUUCUUGAAGCCAAUGCAAGACUUAGAGAAAUGUGAACGGUGGGCCAAAUAUAGUUUUAAAAUGCUGAAUUAUUAGUCUAGCAUACUUAAGGUUUAUGCUAAUCUCUGCAGUGAUGUGCUUAUAUCCCUUUCGUGAGCAUUUUUUUCUUCUUGUUUUUAUUACAUUCAUAUAGGACAGGGAUCCCAAAUUUGCGGCCCCUGGGAAAAUAUUUAGUGGCAGAUUCAGAUUCAGAGAUUUAUUUGUCAUUGACACCAGCUCUCACAAAAGGACCACAGAUGCAACAAAAUUCCGUUUGAUGAGUGAGCAUCGGGCCGCUGCAGACUUUGUUCCGCGCUGCCACUUCUCUCUCCAGAAAAGAGCAAGUUACAAGUAGACAACAAAU